GCCAUUUUUGUUUUGUGGAGGUUUAACAAGAUCGAGAGCGACUCUUCAUUGAUAAAAUGGCUCAUACUGUCAUAUCCAUGAAGUUACCCCCAAAUAUAGAUCCUACGAAAGCACGUCUUGCUUAUGGGGGCCGUGCACUACCAAAACUAGUGAGUGUAAUCAUAACCUCAUUUGUAGGACAUGCAGUUGGACGAGAUGCAUUUGUGGAUAACAAAAUGAUUGUACCAUUAUCAGAACUGUUUGAUGACAACGUCUAUCAGGCCAGAAGGAAUGCUCACAAGGCCAUAGAAAUGUGUGUGCACAUGAGUCCAGGCACUGAGGGAGUUGUUGAUGCAAAGCUUGUCCCAGUGUUGGUUGGAAAACUUCUCAAAGAGGAGGAUGAGAUCAAGGUGUGGAAAAACACGAAACCAUUUCAGCAUAUUGCAUGGAUAGCAAAAGCUGCCAGGGAUGUCAUGGAUUUAAGUUUUCCUCUUGAUGGCAAGGACAAAGCAGUCGAUGUUGGAGCAAUUCCUGAACUGGUGUCGCUUCUUGAAGAUGCUAACAGUGAUGUUAGAGCACAAGCUGCUGGUGCCAUCAUGACAAUUACAAUAACAACCAAAGGGAAGUAUGCAGCAAUAGAUGAAAAAGCAAUUCCUAACCUUGUGAAAUUGCUAGAUGACCCUGAAAGUGAAGUGAGACUCAAUGCUCUAUAG